AUGUCUUGCACUGCUGCACGAAGGGCCGCUUUUCGCGGAGUACCUGCCUCGCUCCUCCAGCGCCUACCUCUCUCCAACCAAGCAAGGCGCGGUUUCCUUUCGACGCUUGCGAUAUUGGAGCAGCGCGAGGGCCAGCUCAACCAUGGCUCUCUGAGUUCCAUCACGGCAGCGAAGAAACUGGGAGGCACAGUGCACGGCUUCGUUGCUGGAGGAAACAUCCAGGCUGUUGCGCAGGAGGCAGCCAAGGUGGAAGGCGUUGAGAAGAUCAUUGCUGUGGACAACGCAAUUUAUGACAAGGGUCUUCCCGAGAACUUCGCUCCCUUGCUGGUUGAGAACAUCAAGCAAGGCGGGUAUACGCACGUCAUCGCAAGCCACACGGCUUUCGGCAAGAACAUCAUGCCACGUGUAGCUGCGCUCCUCGACUUGCAGCAGGUGUCUGAUAUCGUCGCGAUCGAGAGUGAAGAUGUAUUUGUACGGCCCAUCUAUGCCGGCAACGCAAUUGCUACGGUUCAGUCCUCGGAUAAGGUCAAGGUUGUCACUAUUCGAGGCACGGCUUUCCCUGCUGCUGAAGAGACGGGCGGCUCAGCGUCCGUCGAGGCCGGUGUGGACCCAAAGGCACCCUCUUCGACUGAGUGGAUUUCCGAAGAGUUGACCAAGUCGGAUCGCCCCGAUCUUGCCACUGCUGGCAAGGUUGUUUCUGGUGGGCGUGGUCUAAAGUCCAAGGAGGAGUUUGACAAGGUCAUGCUCCCACUCGCGGACUCGCUCGGUGCAGCGGUUGGUGCCUCUCGGGCUGCUGUCGAUAGCGGUUAUGCCGAUAACAGCUUGCAGGUCGGGCAAACAGGCAAGGUUGUGGCUCCUCAGCUUUACAUGGCCGUGGGAAUCUCUGGCGCGAUCCAGCAUUUGGCGGGUAUGAAGGAUAGCAAGGUCAUCGCAGCCAUCAACAAGGAUGCAGAUGCUCCUAUCUUCCAGGUUGCAGAUGUAGGGCUCGUUGGUGAUCUAUUCGACAAGGUUCCGGAGUUGACGGAAAAGCUGAAGCAGUAA